AUGUGGAAGUUUAUACAGAGAGGGUUAAGAGAGACCUUUGAAAGAGGGCUAAAUCUUGGGAGAAAUGAUGUUAGAGUUAAUAGGGAAACAAAAAAGACAACUUAUUGUGGAACGUAUCCUAUCCGGGCCUUAACUGUUGGAGAUUUUCAUUGUAACAGACGACAGAAUUGUAGGCAGGGACAACGUGAAUGGAAUGAAGGUGCAAAUGGAAGGAAAUACAAAGAAUCAUAUGGAACACAGGAUUCAUUCGAUAGGCUGCUGGGUGCCUUCAGUUGCAGCAGUGCUCUAGCUCUUGGUUGGGUACUUUCACAACCUUGUGCUUGGUUUAAAAAGAGGCACCAUCAUUGUCCAUUUUCUAAACGAGCUAAGCGAUUUCAACUAUGGUCAAAAGUUGCUGUAGCCCAACCUCCCCAACAAGGACUUAAACCUGUAAACCUUUCAAAUGAUGCUAUUGAAGAUGGACCUGCUUUUGGUCCUGUCACUGCAGCACAAGCUUUUGAAGAAGCUGCUGGAAAUUUUGAAAAGGUUCACAAUGACAUAUUUGGGGAAAUAGAAAAUCGGAAAGGUAUUGAUUUGAUCGAAGGACCCAAACGAAAUACAACGAAAGCAAUAAAAUAUUUUCGAGCUGCCUCAAAUCGAGGAUACCUUCCAGCUUUUUACAAUCUUGGACAAUGUUAUGAACAAGGUGUUGGAACGAAACAAAAUUUUGCAGAGGCUGCGAAGUGGUACAAGAAAGCAGCAGAAAAAGGACACGCUACUGCUAUGUACAAUUUGGGUGUCUUCUAUGCCCAUGGAUGGGGAGGCCUUGAAGCUAGUAACGAGAAAGCAAAGCAGUGGCUGGAAGCUGCAGCGAAUCUUGGACAAGAAAACGCUCUGGCUGCUCUUGGAAGAACAAAGGAUGGAUCUCCACCUGCCUCCCCUCCAGCUAUUCCUAAAGACUGGGGCUUCAUGGAUUCUAGGUCUACUUUAGAAGACAUUAGUAAUGACCCAGAAGAACUUUUUAAGCUGGCAUCAUCUUAUGAAAAUAGUCCAUGUGAUGAUUCACUACAGCCCUACCUAGUUUUAGAAUUGUACAAAAUGGCCUCAGAUUUGGGCCAUGUUGAAGCUAAAUCAAAAUAUAAGAUACUGCAAGCUUAUAAUACUGUUGGUCUUUUAACAGAAUAUGUUUGCAGAGGAAACAAACCAAGGAGUGAUAGUAUUGGUUUUAAAUUUCCUACUCUUUAUUAG